GUGAGAGAAAGCGAGAAAGAAAGGGAAAGAAAGAGUGAGAUAAGGAAAGAGGGAGCGAGUGCCGGACGUUCGAUUAGCGCUGGUGAGCGCCGCGACUCGCGUCGGGACACGACCGGACGAGGAAUCGAUCCGAUCGCGACAUUCCGCAUAAACUCGACUGCAUAUACACCACGUGCCUUUACCAUCGUUGUAUCCGUUGGGUGCGCCUCUCAUAUUUUGGAGAUCGCGACGCCUUCUUCGCACACGGCUAUCGAUUUGAAAUCGAGCGAAAUCGAGCCGUCCCCUCAUUGAAGAUUCCCUUGUUCGAGCACGAGCGAUUGAGCGACUAACAUCGUGGAGAUGUCCGAGCCAUGCACCUCUUCGAAAUUACUGCAUUCCACGACCUCGGUCGCCGCGAAGUCUGACCCCGAUCCCACGAGGUCGAACGAAGUUGGCGAAUAUUACGUAGGAGUGCCUGUGGUCAGAAACGUCAACUCCCGGAUGAUCGAAGCCUCGAGGCUGUUGACCCGCAUCACGACGCCACGUUGUUACUCGAUUGUAUCAGAGCGCACAAUCACAAAUUAAAACGUGCGAAAUAAAUCGGCGCGCGUCCUAUCCUUGGUUUCACGGUGACGAACGGCGAUCGAAGCGAUAUGAGACGUUGCCGACGAGAGAGGACGAAGUCGCUUUGAAGACGGACGCUGCUGGCGAGUAACUGACGACAUAUUGUCAUAGUUUCUUCUAAAUCGAUCGAGAUUGCGUGGGAGAUUUGCGAGAAACUGCCCGAGAAAUCGCCAGCCACCGAUCCUGAAAACCAUAGGUCUGUAAUAUCUUCGCUAUAAAUACGCGUUUUCCUUACACACGCACAUCAAAAGUGACAACACGUGCGAUACAUCGCAUGCCGGCUGUUCGACCGACCUUCCCGGCGUCCUUGGUUCGACGGCUAGACAGGAGGAAUCGUCGUGACGUCCCGCGCCGAUACGUCUUAGACGUAUAUCUAGAUAGACGAAAACUCCAGGUCCAAACAUACAUCGUCGAAUAGCAGAUGACAUCCAAGUCACUCGCGUGCAACGAACGCGCGGAAACGCAACCGUGCUCUCUGACAGUCCAUUCGGAAUAUUAUAUAUACUGAUGCUUUGACCGUAGGUCUCUUUAAUUGGAAAUCUGAGGCUAUAUAUAAGAAAGAAGAAAAGGAGAUCGCGAUUUCGCGAAAACGAGCGAGACUAAAAACAACGAUUGCAUCCUGGUAAUUCCUGUAACGCAUGAGAUAUACACGUGAGAUAGAAGCACCUGGACGAAGAUUCUUUCUCCUCGUUUAGCUCUGCUAAACCCUUUUAUAUCUAUUAAGAAGCGGAUGAAGGAAGUAAAACGGAUACAUCACUGAUCCGCGUUGUUCGAUCGCAGUAACGAAUCUUUCUUCUUCUUCGUAAGAAAAAGUCGCGUUACGUUUCUCUACGUUAUUCUGUCUUAUACGGCUGAUCGCUAUGCUCAACUUGUGCUGUGCUUUUUUCUACCGUGCUCGUGCAUUCUACGUCGCGAGUGUUUUCCUAGUGCUUUAGUGUUACUUCGCGAUAUAUUAAUUGAGAAGGAUUGGGCCCGGUGCGCCCCAUCACACGCUUCAACGCGGAAGUCUCGGCUGCCCAGGUGUCUGGGAAUCUUGUUCCUGAGAUGCCUGUUAGACGGGGUCACGUGGCGCCUAGAACUACGAUCAUCGAAACAAUCAUCAGGAAGUUUGAUACGCACGAUCGAAGCUUUUUAGUAGCGAACGCGCAGCAAGGACUAUGCCACAUUAUCUAUUGCUCGGACGGAUUCUGUCGGCUGACGGGCUUCUCAAGGGCCGAGGUGAUGCAGCGACCAGCAGUCUGCGACUUCCUCCAUGGACCAAUGACAUCACCGCACGCGGUUGCAGCCUUACGAGACGCUCUUGUUGCUGGCGUCGAAAAGCACUUCGAGAUUCUUUACUACAGAAAAGACGGAACCAAGUUCCUUUGCAGCGAGGUGAUAGCGCUAAUAAAGAGCGAAGUGGACGACAUUUGCCUGCAAAUCAUAAACUUCGAGGAUCUGAGCUCACAGCCACCGCCGCAGGCCGCGAUCCCACCGCCGAGUCAGGCCAACAACAGACUCGCAACACGCUUCGAUAGAGCAAGGGCGUCUUUCCGGGCUGGCCUGUCAAGGACCGGUGUUGUUGGUCCACCGAGGGUCCGGAAUCGACCGCGCACGACGUCUAAUUUGCCUCACCGACUUGCUGACGGGACCAUCCUCGACGAGGACGCUUCUGAGAACUGCCCGUUAACAUGUGGCUCGCCCACAAUGAUGGAAUCUUGGGGUCCUGGGAGGACUGGCACACCUCCGCCGGGACUACCACCGCCAUCGGGCGGCAGCAACAACAAUGGUGGCGCAACAUCGGCGAUAACUCCGAGCAUCAUACCGCAGCCUGGCACCACUGCUCCCAUUGCGAGUCCCGAAGGAGUCAGCGACGUUUCGCAAAAAUCAGGAAUCUGGGAGGGUGCGAACUCGUCUUCAGGGGGUGUCGCAGAGGGCCCUUCACGGAGUGUCUCUCACGCGGCAAGUCUGGAUGCUAUCUCGAAGCGAGCUGUAAAACCGGAAACGGCGAGAGCACCUUGUCGCAGCCUCACCUGCAGCGUUUCAGCGAAACAUUCAAAAAUCUUUCCUGGCGUCGCUUCUGAAAGCGAUUUGCAAAAAUGGCGAACGUCCAGGGAUAGAAAGUCGCCGUCUCUGAGUCAGAUGGGACCGGAUUCCAUCAAACACAAAUUUUCCUUACAAGACAAUGGAUCUGCGAAAUAUUUUCAAGGAGCGAUGCACACACCAAAUAUGGGAGAAAAAGUUGCUCAAGUGCUGUCCCUCGGAGCAGACAUUCUCCCGGCGUACAAAUUACAAUCUCCCAGAAUCCAUAAGUGGACCAUAUUACACUACUCGCCGUUCAAGGCAGUCUGGGAUUGGAUUAUAUUACUACUCGUGAUGUACACCGCCAUAUUUACGCCGUAUGUCGCCGCCUUUGUUCUAUCGGAUCCGGAUUACAAUACCAGAAAGAACAAAAAGUACAGUGAUGACCCCAUCGUUAUUAUAGACUUUAUAGUUGAUGUCACAUUCAUCGUGGACAUCAUCAUAAAUUUUCGCACGACAUUCGUCAACAGCAACGAUGAGGUGGUCUCCCACCCUGGUAAAAUUGCCGUCCAUUACCUGAAGGGUUGGUUCAUCAUCGACUUGGUAGCUGCCAUUCCCUUCGACCUCCUACUUGUCGGCUCGGACACUGACGAGACGACGACCUUGAUCGGACUUUUGAAGACGGCUCGUUUGCUGCGCCUUGUCAGAGUGGCCAGGAAGAUCGACAGAUACAGCGAAUAUGGCGCUGCCGUUUUGUUACUUUUAAUGGCCACUUUUGCCCUUAUUGCUCAUUGGAUGGCGUGUAUAUGGUAUGCCAUAGGAAAUGCCGAGAGACCGACUUUGAAGAGCAAGGUUGGUUGGCUCGACAUUCUAGCCAACGAUACUCAUCAGUUUUACUUUCACAAUAACACCGGUGGGCCGAGCAUAAAAAGUCGUUAUAUCACGGCGCUUUAUUUCACCUUCAGCAGUCUCACGUCCGUAGGCUUCGGAAAUGUAGCACCGAAUACUGACGCCGAAAAAAUUUUUACAAUAAUCGUUAUGUUGAUCGGAUCUCUGAUGUAUGCUAGUAUCUUCGGUAACGUAUCGGCGAUCAUCCAGAGGCUAUAUAGCGGUACCGCCCGGUAUCACACACAGAUGCUCAGGGUCAGGGAAUUCAUAAGGUUCCAUCAGAUCCCGAACCCGCUCCGCCAACGAUUGGAAGAGUACUUUCAACACGCGUGGACUUAUACGAAUGGAAUUGAUAUGAACAGUGUUCUGAAAGGAUUCCCCGAGUGCCUUCAGGCCGACAUCUGUCUUCAUCUCAAUAGAAAUCUUUUAAGCAAUUGCCGAGCCUUCGAGGGAGCCAGUCAAGGCUGUUUAAGGGCAUUAUCCUUAAAGUUUAAGACGACACACGCGCCUCCGGGUGAUACUUUAGUUCAUCGAGGGGAUGUGCUGACUUCCCUAUACUUUAUAUCUCGCGGCAGUAUCGAGAUUCUGAAGGAGGACGUCGUGAUGGCCAUUUUGGGCAAGGAUGACAUUUUCGGCGAGAAUCCAUGCAUUUAUCCGACGGUCGGAAAGUCAUCUUGUAACGUUCGCGCCCUUACAUAUUGUGACCUUCACAAGAUCCAUCGGGAUGACCUGCUCGACGUCUUAGCUCUUUAUCCGGAAUUCUCCAACCAUUUCAGCCAGAAUCUUGAGAUUACUUUUAUCAUGCGAGACGAAGAACAGGUUGGUGUCGAUCCAAUAUCAGCAAGAUUUCCUGUAAGUACUCCGACCGACGUCGACAUUGACGCCAGGAGGUUCGCUUUCCGUCCACCAAGAUACCGUCGAGGACCUGGUGGUCCUGGCACAAAUCUUAUUCCAACAUGUCGACAAGACUCCUUGCAGGACGACCAAGAUGAUUACGAUAAAGGUAGCGGUCAUGGUAUCUUAGAAUUUAGCACGGACAAGGCGGGUCAAGACGUGACACCAUUGAAUUUAGAAUUUGAUGAGCCCAAACAGAGAAGCUCGACCUUAAACUCGAUAACUGGCAUGCUAACCCAUCUCAAGCGCAGUAUACCGGAUCUACGUCAACACAAGAUUCAUCUGCAGCCACUUACCAGUCACGAUUACUUUGCGAAACAAAUGACCACGCCACCGACGAAAUCAGCGCGCCGGAGUUCCGCCGCCGGCGAGAGUUGCCUCAAUCAAAAUGUUCAUCCCACUUCGACAACGUCAAGCCACUACACCACACCAUCGCCUCCGCAGCAUCCUCAUUCUCAUGGCGACUUUCAAAGUGGCCCAGGUCGGCCCGUAGAGGAGCUCAAUGCCAGGAUCGACCAAUUGUCGCAGCAGGUGUCUUCGUUGGAACACACAAUGGCCGGCGACAUCAGAUUGAUCUUGAGUUUGCUCCAGCAGACUCUCAACUCAUCGAGAGAGAGCUCUAGUAUCGAAAUGAUGCCGGGAACUGUGCCAGCUGGUGCGAGGCAGAGCAACCGUGCACCCGCAUUGGUUCAAAGAUCGGCAAGUGAGCCGCAGCCACCGACAAUUCCGACGAGCAACGGAAGUGGGAAGAUUCAACCUAGCACGUCGCAUGGCUUGUUCAGAGCUCCCAUGAGAGAUCCGACCUCCACAUCGUCGGGAACAUCGCGGCUGACCGUUACAUCGGAUACAUCCGCACUCGCGACGGCGUUACAAACGGCAUUGAAUGGUCGGCCCGGACCCACGAGGUCGCAUAGCCAGCCGGUUGACCUGGCGAUACCGACUAGCACGCAGCAACAGGCCCACGCCUGGCACAGCCAACCUGCUGCUUUCAGGAGAGGCGAAUAUCGGAGUGGAUACAGCUCGUUCAAUAAGCGAUCGGAGCCAGAGGGUGAAGAUUCCUGGAGUUGUGUGGUACCGGAGGACCGGAGUAGCGCCCAACAUCCACGCAGCGGAGACUCGCGCAAGGACUCGAAUCAUCGUGGCGGCGCGGAGUCCACAUCGGGACAACAGGGUCGAUCUGAGAGCAGACAUGAGAAUAGUAGUAGGGGACAGACGACCGGGUCCCGACAACAAGACUCUUCGAGACAGACCAGUGAAGAUAUGUCGUGGGAGUUUACGAUAAACGAGGCACCGAUCGCGAGGCUCGAAUCGCUGGACGAACUUGAUCAAGACCAUGGUAGUUAAGGGACACGCGCAGGGAAAAUCGUCUUGUUAGCUAGGAGUAAAGACAUAAAGAAUGGACUGCGCGAUCCGUAUUUAAAUAGUAUUCAAAUGUGGUUGACAAUAAUGAAAGAGAGAGAUCAUGGAAGACGGUCAAUCUCCCUUUCAUUCUCUCUCCCAUUACACAAUUGAAUGGAAAGAGAUAGAGAUGGUCGUCUUCCAUGAUCUCUCUCUCUCUCUCUUACUUUUAUCGACCAUUUUGAUACACAGAUCCCUCAAUCUAUUCUCUAUGCCUUUGGCUAGGAGUCAUGACAUCACCGUGAGGAUCAAUUUGUCUUGAUCAACGAGACAUGGACAGUUGCAAUAUGCGAAAGAGCGCGACCGAGGCCAUUCGAUCUUUUUGAACGAAAUCUCGUUUUUAAUCCGAUUGAUAUCAUAGUCACGUUUAGCCUCGAAAUUUCGCAGCUGAAUUAUAAAGAAUAUAACAAGAUAUUCAUAGGCAAACUUAGAAGCGCGUACUGUUGAAGGGAGCAGAACCAAGGUCCAAAAACAUAACAAUAACUUGGUGUAAAAGCUGUAUAUCGAAAUAAUUUUUUCUU